AUGAAAAGAACAUCAUCAGAGGCUGAAUCUAACUCUGGAUAUGAAGGGCAAAAAAUUGCAAAGAUCUCUAAUGAAUCAUCAUCACCAACUCCAUUAUUGAAUUCCUCUGCAGUGUCAUCCGCAGCAGCAGCUAAUAAUUCAAUGAUGACAAAAUGUUUUCCGAUGGAAUUAGGAAUUUUGGACGAAAUUUGUAGUUUUUCCUCUUUGGAUACACAAUGUUCAUUGUAUGCAACUUGUACAUCAAUUAGGAAUAUUAUGGAUGGGGAUAAUUUUUUAUAUCAUUAUCAAUCAAGAAAGAUUGCAAUGUUAAUGAAAGAAGCAUGUAGAGAAUUUACUUCAGAGGUAGAUACGAGAAACUUCUUUCUUGGAAUAUGUUAUAGAUUAAAUGCUGAAAUUGCAAUUUUGGACAAGGAAAUUAAGGAAAAUAUAAUGAUAGACAAGAAUUUAGGAAGCUUAUUUUGCUUUAAUGUUGUUAAAACAGGAAAUUCUUCAUUCACUUCCUCAAUUAAGAAACUCCUUGUAAGAGAUUCGAAUCAGUAUUUAUUGAUCAAGAUAGAUUAUGCUACUUUUCGAUCUUUUAAUCACUUACUUUCAACAUUUGUCAUUUCAUGUAAUAAUAGAGUUCUUAUUCAUUAUGAAAAAGCCAGUUUGGAAGAAAUAGAUAUUGACAAAUGUGGGUUAGAUGCUGUAUUGAAAACAACUGCCUUCGGUGUUAGGGGAAAUAUACAAGCAUUAAUUAAAACUCUGCUUCCAGAGAAGAAUAUGGAUACAAUUUAUCAAUCAUUGAUUGAAGCAUAUACAAAAGCACCUGGCUGUAACAUACUAGAGAGGGUUGAUAAGUUUGGGUGGUGCGAAAAUGUUCCAAGCAAGAAAGGAAUCCAAUUUGCCUCAGAUCUAAUUGAUAAGAUGUGUAAAAUCCCAAAAAAAUCAAUUAAUUCAAUAUUGAAGUUUGUGCGAUUCUCUGCCAACAAUUUAUCAUCAACAAGGAUAGCUAAAACUCUUCAAGCUCCAUCACCAGCUUUCAAAAAUGUUACUUGGUGUUCUCCUGUGACUGUUGUUCGAAUUUUUAAUGAGGAGAACUGUUAUGAAAAAGUUGAAUUUGAUAUAAGGAUCAGAGGAAGUCUCCAAGAAAAGUACAAGUUCUUUUCUUUGAAAUAUGAAUGUGAAAACUAUACUGGAGAUGAUGAUUUUGUUGAUGUUGGACUCGAAUGUUAUUUCAAUAAUCCAAAAGAUUCAGUUUACAUUUAUCAAAACUGUUCUGAAAAGAGUAGAUUUGAUGAGCCCACCAAUAAUGUUGAAUCAGAAUAUCUAUCAAUGAUUGGGAAAAUAUUAGGAAAUGGUACAAAUGAUCCAAUUAAUAUUGUGAAAUUUAUGGCUUCAUAUGCUAUGACUCACAAACGUAAACUCUUUAAUAUCCAAGAUUAUUUCUACUCUUCAAGAAAUGAUGAGAGUGGAGCAAACAAGAAACCAUUCACAUUCACAAAUGGUAUUGAGAAAGUUGAGGAACUUGAUGGAGAUGAUAUUUUUGACGAUUGUUACUAUUAG